AACAUGUCAGGAUCUCAAUUUAACGUGUCAUUGGCAUUAAUAUUGUUUCUGAUACACUCAAUUAUUUGCCAAUAUGAAGAUCCCCCUCCGACGUUUUCGGGAGGAGUUCUAUUCUCGGUGAAUGAACAAAACGAACUAAAAGGUUUAUCUGAUGCGAAAAUCAUUUCCCACCCGCAACAGUCCGUUCCAGAGAAUUUUAACGCAAAAGACGAAUGGCCCGAGUGUGAAUCAAUCCAGACCAUUCGAGACGAAGGUGACUGCGGUUUCUCUUGGGCACUUGCUCUAACUCAAGUAGUAACUGACAGGCUGUGCAUUGCCACUAAUGGAACGAUUACAUUUCAAUAUUCAGCUGAAGAUCUACUGACAUGCUGUCCAGAUUGUCACGGUUCAGAGCUAGGAAAUAUCUGUGAAGCAGGAGGAAACCUUGUCAGAGCUUUAAAAUUUCUUCAGGAAGAGGGAGUCGUGUCAGGGGGAGAUAUGGUAUCAAAGAAAGGGUGCAGACCUACAUCUGCAGCGACACUUGUACGAUCACUGUGGGCAAGAGCACCCAUUAUAUGUAAAACUGCAUGUUCCGACGAAUACAACGAUACCUACCAAAAUGACAAGAGACAUAUUUAUGAAAUCACUUAUGACUAUAGUCUGAAUGACACUAAAAAAAUUCAGACUGAAAUUAUGACAAACGGACCAGUGAUGGCAGUUAUCCGACCAACGGAAACAUUUAGGGAGAAUGCCGCAGAAGCAAUUGAUGGUUUUCCAAUAGACGGAAAUUAUCCAGAAUAUGAUCGUGGAAACAGUUAUCGUUCUGGCUAUUAUCAUGGUGUGAGGAUAUGUGGUUGGGGAAAAAAAGAUGGGAAAACUUUUUGGAUCGCAUCUAAUUCGUGGGGUUCUGGUUGGGGCGAUGGAGGUUAUUUCAAAUAUGGAAUCUGCCAAUCACAUGAUGACUGUGCACCAGUUAUAGGUGACCAACAUAUGUCGGUCAUUGCGAUGGCAGGUUUUUCAGCAGGUUUUUGUUUUCAUGAAAUCAGAAUUACUCUCCAUGUGCUUAUGGGUGUUACAUUAAUUUAUUUAUUUGUAAUUUUGUAA